GUUUCUGAUCCCAACAUCCUGUCUGAUUCCAACAUGACAGUCGGCUAGAGCUUGUGGACCAUUUUUUGCCAAGCUCUGCUCUUAGGAAACGCAACCAACUCCUCACAUCACGGAGGCCCAGCAUGAAUGUUAACUGUGCUGGUGGGACAGACUGGUCAAGGAAUCCGGAGUCCAGUUGCUCUGUGGAAAACAUCACUGCAGCAGUUCAUGAGUCUGAAGAAAGUAAUGUGGUGCUAGGAGGUCACAGCCCUGCUGCAGUUCCCAGGACUGAGGGUUUAGAUUCCGAAUGCCGACACGCUGCUUGUCCAGUAAGUCCCCAGAUCAGUAGCAUGUUGUCUGCUCCUGAAGACACGCACAACUGUCAUUUCCAAGACGGAAGUAAGAGACAGCCAGAAUAUUUUAAUACCCAGGAACGCCACGGGUGUUGCGCUUUGUCUUCAAACGCCAGUUCACAGACAGUGGCUCCGGAGAAAGUGACGCUUGUGGUAGAUGGCACUCGCUUUGCAGUGAAUCCCCAGAUUUUCACUGCUCACCCUGAUACUAUGCUGGGAAGAAUGUUUGGACCAGGAAGAGAAUAUAAUUUCACCAGGCCAAACGAAAAGGGAGAAUAUGAAAUCGCAGAAGGAAUUAGCUCAGCAGUGUUCCGGACUGUGCUGGAUUAUUACAAAACCGGGAUCAUUAACUGCCCUGAUGGGAUUUCCAUCCCAGACCUUCGAGACACAUGUGAUUACCUCUGCAUAAACUUUGAUUUCAACACAAUCAAAUGUCAAGAUUUAAGUGCUCUGUUACAUGAGCUCUCCAACGAUGGUGCUCACAAGCAGUUUGAUACCUACCUGGAGGAGCUGAUUCUGCCCAUCAUGGUGGACAGCGCAAGGAAAGGGGAACGGGAAUGCCAUAUCGUCGUGCUGACAGAUGAAGACACAGUGGACUGGGAUGAAGAUCACCCACCUCCAAUGGGCGAGGAGUACUCGCAAAUCCUUUACAGUUCCAAGCUGUACAGAUUCUUCAAGUACAUUGAGAACCGGGACGUGGCAAAGGCUGUAUUAAAGGAACGGGGCCUGAAGAAUAUUCGCAUUGGCAUCGAAG